AUGAUAUUUUCACUUGCCACAGACUUGGACUAUCUGUACUUUGGAGUGAAAGGAAAGGAGCGGAAGAACAAGAACGGAGAAUAUGUUGUACCUGACGUGAAAAAAUACCGCGAAAAAGUGAGGUUUCGUCAAAUGCAGAUUUCAAAAAGAUACAAAGUGCUCAGGAAGAAGUUUCUUGGAGAAGAGAAACAAGUCACUGAAACUGAGUGUCAGACAGACAGAAAGACUUCUUCAGUUGGGUCGAGUCAAACGAUCAUUACGAACGCUAUUCUAAAGGGCAUGAUUGAAAAGAAUGAACCAGUCGAAGUUUCCGGCAUUUCGACCCAGACAGAAGUUCCAGAAUCGCCAUUUGUUCAAAAACCGAUCGGCAAGACUAACUUCCCCUCUUCGACAAAUGCGCGCGGUCGAGGUAGAGGUCGGGGUCGCGGUGGUCUUUAUCGUCCGUCCUCUCGUCUUGAUUCAAGCAACAUUGGUUUCGAUAAAAUGGAAAGUGAAGUGAAGAAGCCGGAAAAAGCUGGUCGACCGGAUUCUAACAUUGGAAACAGUUCUCUUGUCUUUGAAGAAGCUUUGCCGGAGCCCGAGAAAACUGUGCAAGAAAAUCCAGCAGCAAAGAAGCGGUUGAUUAGACCAAAAGAUGAGGAAUUCGAAAGAUAUGAACCCGAGAUUAUCGAGCGAACUUUCACAUCUCUCGAUAAAUUUCAACGAAAUCCGUCUUCGAAUGCAAAGCCAAUUCCACGCAAGUUCAAGCCGUACCAACAAGAACCUGAAAUUCCAAAUAAGGAAAAUGUUCCCUUUUGUGCGAAAGAAGAAGACGUUAAUGAAGAGUUGCCUAAAGUUCAGGCUGAAAAACGUAAAGAAACUGCUUCAACUGUUGGAGCACGCGGUGAUUCGACUCUUUUUCCCUCCGAAAAUUCAACCGUUGCUCCGACAAGUGCUGUUGAAGAAAAUGAAGACGAUUUGACUGAUGAAGAAAAAGAACCCCGCGAAUCAUCGAAAGAUAUUGAAACUCCAGAUGUCAAAAUAUCUUCUGAGAAAGAGAUGAAUGAUAAGAAAAUAGAUGAUUGCGUCCGAGAGCAGCAGGUGGCUGAGAAUAAUGAAGAAGAUUUGAAAUCAGAAAAAGGGGAACAAGAUUAUGUUGAAGAACAGAAAAGCUCGAGCUCAGAUUCAGAUAGGGAUGAUUUGACAACUGAGCAAAAAGAAUUAAUGGACGACGUAAAUCGAGUUGCGAAUAUGGCCCCUUCCGAAGUAGACACGGAUUUUUCAGACGAAGAAAUUGUACCACCUCCUGUUCAGACUCAAGGAGGGAUUGUUGAAUUAUCAUUUACGGUUUAA